AUGUAUCAGUUCGACCCUAGCGAAGCAGACAUGUAUAACUUCGCCCGCGGUGGCCGCCGUCCUAUCGUCCAGCGCUUCGACGAGUAUUACCGAUGCUACCCCAUGGUCAUGGCCCCUGGCCCCGAGCGACCCGAUCUCAACUAUGGCUCCAAGAUCUUCCUGCCACCUUCCGCCCUCGACAAAGUUUCGAAGCUCCACGUGCAGUGGCCACUGCUGAUGGAGAUCAUAAACGGAGAGAAGGGAAAGCACUCACACGCUGGUGUGCUUGAGUUCGUCGCAGAGGAGGGCAGAGCUUACCUUCCACAAUGGAUGAUGGUAACUCUCCAGCUCGAUGUUGGCGACAUGAUUCAGAUCAAGACCACCUCUCUCGAGCUUGCCAGGUUGGUUAAGCUUCAGCCGCAGUCGACCAACUUCCUCGACAUCAGCGACCCCAAGGCCGUGCUGGAGAAGGCGUUUAGGAACUUUGCCGCUCUUACCAAGGGGGACGUCUUCAACUUCGAGUACAAUGACGAGAUAUACCACGUGGCCGUGCUUGAAGUCAAGCCUGAGACGGACAAGAUGGGUGUUUGCAUGAUCGAAACAGAUGUCGAGGUCGACUUUGCCCCUCCUGUUGGCUAUGUUGAGCCCGAGAAGCAGCAGCGCGGCAGUGGUACGAGCACCCCUCGCAGCGUCCGCGGCGGCGGCCUGCCAGCUGGCGGACUUCUGCACAGCCAGGGAUCUAUGGCGCAGUCCAUCAACUAUAGCGCCAUCGCGCCGUCAGCGACGACAACUAACACCAAAUUCUACGGUGAGGGCCAGAAGCUCAACAAGAAGGGCAGCAAGACAUCAACUCCUAAGCCAGCGACACCAGUCGCCGGUGCGUCCGCUAACGCUCCCGCCGCUGCGCCCCUUCCACGCCGGGCGAACGGGCCCAUGCCCCUUAGACUACCGCCCAACAAGCUCUUCUUUGGCUAUGAGAUUAAGCCGGUCAAGACAGACGCAGAUAAGGAGCGUGAGAAGGAGGAGGCGAACCGGCCUCAUUUUGCGGGUGCUGGCCAGACUCUCCGAGGAGCGGUAAAGAGAAAGGGUGAAGGAGAAGACAAGGCCAAGGCGCCUGAGAAGAAGGGACCCAGUGAGGGGUACAGAUUGGACGGUCGCAAGCCUUGA